AUGGCCUCAAAAUGGAGGGCUACUACAUCUUGGUAUUCUCACCCAGUAUGUGCAAGAUACUGGCAACAUUAUCAUCAUGCAAUGCUUUGGAUGCAAAGCCACCAGAAUACCUACAGAAAGUUCAGAGAUUCCUAUUUCACUUCCCCAUGGUUCUUCCCUCCCGGAGUUCUUCCCUGGAACUCUCUUGCUUAUGAGGCUGGGCCUCCUUGGAAGUCUCAAGGCCAGCACAUGGCAUGGCAGGAGUCUUCCUACAGUGUUUCCGAUCUCAAAAGCUCUGGGCAGCCUCUGCAGAACAGCAAUAGAACCCAGGCGUCCACAAGAGAAAAUGAAACACAGUAUGAGGAGGAGAAAGAGGAGCUAGAGUCUGGUUCAGAUGAUGAAGCGGACUGUGACCUGAGCGAUAUGGAAAUCACGGAGGAGCUCCGCCAGUACUUUGCACAGACUGAGAGGCACAGAGAAGAGAGAAGGCGACAGCAGCAGCUGGAUGCAGAUCGCCUGAAUGACUAUGUGAAUGGGGACCACGGCCUGUACUUCAACCACCAUAGGUCAGUGGAGCCCCCAUCUGAGAAACCCUGGGAGUGGCGCCAAGCAGAGAUAAAGCACUUACAUGACAACAAUGCUCCCAAGAUCCUGGCCAUGGAGGCUGCUGUACAGCUGAGCUUUGACAAGCACUGUGAUAGAAAGUAG